AUGAUCUCCCACUACCCGCUGGCCACCAUCUUACCCUGGACCCCGAUAAGUGCCCACCACUACCCCGACCUGGACUGCACACUGUUGUUGGAGGGCGACGGAGGGGUUGCCUUGCAGAGGUAUCAGGCUCGGUCCACCGAGGGAAGCCCGCGACACUGGAGCUCCGUGCAGGACUGGGGUGAGGAAGUGGUUGACGGAGCCAUCUACAACGUGACCCUUAAGAGAGUUCAAAUUCAACAGGCGGCCAACAAGGGUGCUAGAUGGCUUGGGGCGGAGGGCGACCGCUUGCCUCCCGGCCACACGGUGAGCCAGUUGGAAACCUGCAAGAUCCGAAGUAUCCGCGCCGGGACGUUGGAGCGUCUGGUGGAGACGCUACUGACGGCGUUCGGAGACAACGACCUCACUUACACGUCCAUUUUCCUGUCCACCUACAGAGCCUUUGCUAGCACGCAGACGGUACUGCAUCUGCUGCUUGACAGAUACGGAAACACAGAAGAAAAUGUGCCAGUUGCCAAAAAAAGCCAAGUGUCAGAAACCAAUGGAGCCAUCAGAAAUGCCUUAGCAUCUAUCCUACGUGCCUGGCUAGACCAAUGUCCAGAAGACUUCCAAGAACCUCCCAACUACCCCUGCCUGCACAUGCUUAUGGACUACCUCCGAAGGGCCCUACCCGGCUCCGAAGCCUUACGUCGGGCGGAAGGGCUACUCGAGCAGCUGCAGGUCCAGGCCGGCGUGGACGAGCCUGACGCUGGUUUCCACGGCAAUAGUUCCUACUUCCCAGGCGAGGAAGAUGAAGUUGACAUGGAGGUCCAGGAGGACUUUAUGUCCUUUGAGACCGACCUCGUGGCAGAGCAGCUAACUUACAUGGACGCGCUGUUGUUCAAAAAAGUAGUUCCGCACCACUGUUUGGGCUCCAUCUGGUCGCAGAGGGAUAAAAAGCAUAAUAAGCACAGCGCCCCCACCGUCCGCGCCACCAUCACGCAGUUUAACGCCGUGGCGGCCUGCGUGGUCAGCACAGUUUUGAGGCACCGGCAGAUACGACCGCACGUCAGAGCUAGGGUCAUCCAGCGUUGGAUUGACAUUGCUCAGGAGUGUCGCAUUCGCAAAAAUUUCUCCUCCCUACGAGCCAUCGUUUCAGCACUGCAGUCCAACCCUCUGUACAGGUUGAAGAGAGCGUGGAAUUGCGUCCAUAAAGACAGCAUGCAGACGUUUGAGGAGCUGUCAGACAUCUUCUCUGAUCAUAACAACUACCUGACCAGCAGAGAACUGCUCAUGAGGGAAGGUACUUCAAAGUUUGCCAGUUUGGAGACUUGCGCCAAAGAGCAUCACAAACGCACCCACAAGAGACUCCAGCUGCAGAAGGAAAUGGGGGCCAUGCAGGGAACUAUACCCUACUUGGGGACCUUUCUGACGGAUUUGACCAUGCUUGACACGGCACUUCCUGACUUUGUAGAGGGUGGUCUUGUCAACUUCGAAAAGAGACGAAGGGAGUUCGAGGUGAUCGCGCAGAUCAAGCUGCUGCAGUCGGCGUGUAACAGCUACUGCCUGACUCCGGAACGGGGAUUCCUAAGAUGGUUUAGGAGACAGACUCAGCUCACUGAUGAGGAAAGCUACGCCCUCUCCUGUGAAAUCGAAGGCCUCGGCGACAGCAGCCCGACGUCACCCAAGCCCAGGAAAAGCAUGGUCAAGAGGCUCAGCCUGUUGUUCCUGGGAUCUGAGAGCAGCGCGUCCAGCUCCCCCGUGCGCGAAACUCCGCGCUCGCCACCUACUGGCAGCUCUGGCGAAAGCAUGGACUCUGUCAGCGUCUCGUCCAGCGAUUCCGGCACUCCCUCGGAAGGCGAGGGCCUUACUCCCACCCGCGCCGCGGACCCCCGCCGCAACAAGUUGUCCGAGUCGUCGUCUUGCACUUCACUGCAUUCCAUGGACACGGGCUCGUCCGGCGCUAGCGUGUCGCCUUCGCGGACCCACCGGCGAUCCGUCUCCCUGACGCCCGUGUCGCCUUCGUCGCCCGGGCAGACGCCAGCGUACAACACGCAGGCGCAGGACGCCUGCAUCGUCCGAGUUAGCCUGGAGCACGGCAACGGAAACCUCUACAAGAGCAUACUGCUGACAAGUCAAGACAAAACACCAGCCGUAAUUUCCCGCGCCAUGGCCAAACACAACCUGGAGGAGGAGCCUGACGACGGGUUCGAAUUGGUUCAGCUCAUCUCCGACGACAGAGAACUGAUCAUCCCGGACAACGCCAACGUCUUCUACGCCAUGAACACGUCGGCCAACUUCGACUUCCUGCUGCGGGCGCGCGGAUCGGCGGCGGCCGCGCCUGUUCAGCUGCGGCCGCGUUGCAGCGCCACCUUGCCGCGGACGCAUCACCACCGCUCCAGUUUGUCGCUCCGACUCAGCAAAGUCACACUGUGA